AUGUUAAUGGCUAAGAAAAGUGCAGUACUGCUGAGUUUUUUCACCGUCCUUACGAUAUGGACAGGAUUGUUAGAAGCCCAUCCAUUAGGUGACACUUCAGAUGCAUCCAAAUUAAACUCGGACUACUCACUCCCUGAUCUGAUUAACGCACGUAAAGUGCCUAGUAACUGGCAAACUGGUGAACAAGCUAGUCUAGAGGAAGGAAGAAUUGUAUUGACUUCUAAGCAAAAUUCUAAGGGUUCACUUUGGUUGAAACAAGGGUUUGAUUUGAAAGAUUCUUUUACUAUGGAGUGGACAUUUAGAAGUGUUGGUUAUUCUGGUCAAACUGAUGGUGGUAUAUCAUUUUGGUUUGUUCAGGAUUCUAAUGUACCACGCGAUAAGCAGUUGUACAAUGGACCAGUCAACUAUGAUGGCUUACAGCUAUUGGUGGAUAACAAUGGUCCAUUGGGUCCGACUCUUCGUGGUCAACUAAAUGACGGUCAAAAGCCUGUGGACAAGACAAAAAUCUAUGAACAGAGCUUUGCAUCUUGUUUGAUGGGUUAUCAGGACUCCUCCGUUCCUUCCACGGUUAGAGUAACUUACGAUUUGGAAGACAGCAACUUAUUAAAAGUUCAGGUGGACAAUAAAGUCUGUUUUCAAACUAGGAAAAUUCGCUUCCCUACUGGAUCUUACCGUAUUGGGGUCACUGCUCAAAAUGGGGCAUUGAAUAAUAAUGCAGAGUCUUUUGAAAUAUUCAAAAUGGAAUUAUUUAACGGCGUGAUUGAAGACUCUUUGAUUCCUAACGUUAAUGCAAUGGGUCAGCCAAAGCUGAUCACCAAAUACAUUGACCAAAAAACCGGUAAAGAAAAAUUGAUUGAAAAAACAGCAUUUGACGCCGACAAAGACAAAAUGUCAAACUAUGAGUUGUAUAAGAAACUGGACAGAGUUGAAGGUAAAAUUCUUGCAAACGAUAUCAAUGCUUUAGAAACAAAGUUAAAUGAUAUCAUUAAAGUUCAACAAGAACUGCUUUCAUUCAUGACUACGAUAACCAAACAUCUCUCUUCUAAGCAGCCCACUAAUGACGAGAAAGGAAUUUCCACUGACGAUGCAAUCGCUGAGGAUAAAGAAAAUUUCAAAGACUUCCUGUCGAUUAAUCAAAAAUUGGAAAAGGUCCUGGUUGAACAGGAAAAGUAUAGAGAAACCGCCAAGCGUCAUGGACAAGAUGGUCCUCAGGUCGAUGAAAUUGCUAGAAAGCUGAUGAUUUGGCUACUCCCAUUAAUUUUCAUCAUGUUGAUUAUGGCAUAUUAUACAUUCAGAAUCAGACAAGAGAUCACAAAAACCAAAUUGCUAUGA